AUGAUUAUGAAUAGUACAAACACAGUUGUAUAUAUCAAAGUUAAGGGUAGGAGACCACAGGGAUUCUUGGAUCCUCCCAAAUUUGAGUGGAAUGGAACAAAGGAGCGACAGCUUUGGACAAUGGUAUCAAAUUUGAAUUAUUCACAAGAUCAAAUAGAUUGGCAGAAUUUAUCAAAAAUAUUUGAAACGCCUGAAUUUUUUCUUAAAAAGAGAACAUAUAAAUUAUUUGCUGAACACUUAGAGCUUUUACAACUACAAUUGGAGAAAAAAAGAGAUCUUGAGAAGUAUUCAAAUGAUCAAGUGAAUGAAGGGAUGUCUGAUUUAAUACAUAAAUAUACCCCUACUUUACAAAAUGAUAAUCUAUUAAAUGUAUCCGCAAGCCCACUGACCACGGAAAGACAGGAUUCUGAAGAAGUUGAGACAGAAGUAACAAAUGAGGCGUUACAACAUUUGCAAACUUCCAAAAUUUUGAACAUUCACAAGAAAACAUCGGAUAGUGAGAAUAAGCCUAAUGACAAAUUGGAUAAGGAUGGUAUUAAUAAAGAAAUGGAGUGCGGUAGUUCAGAUGACGAUUUAUCUUCGAGCUUAAGUGUUAGUAAAUCUGCGUUGGAAGAAGCGCUAAUGGACAGAUUGCAAUUCUGA